AUGUCAAGCGGACUUUCUCAGCUGGCUGGCGGGUCUGCGUCGCCAGAUAACACGCCGAUAGUGAAGCACGAAACAGACGAAAAAGCCGUGUUUCUGUCGAAAGAACACUCUGUUUCGCUGCAGAAGGAGAUCGACCAGUACGAACAGCUCAACGAAGAGGCGCGUGUGCUGGAAGACUUACAAAAAAUGGACCUGCUGCCGUUAUUAUUGGACGUGGUGGAAAGUUUGAAAGCCGGCAAGAUAUCGCCGAAGGAUUUCGACAAUGCGGUAAUCGCUAUUGAACCAGAUAGACGGGCUGGACGAAUCGACGGAAAGCCAGAUCGCCAAGAUGGAGCAGCUCAAGGUGCGGAUCGCCGCGAAGAAGAAGCUGCUGGAACAGAUCAGCAGCGACAUCCAGACCAAGUUCCCUGUCUCUGA